AUGUCAGACGUCUGGGUGGAAUUACGAGCGCCGCGCUUCGUCGUACACCGCCACAGCGCCGUCCUGCGUUGCGAGCACAAUGUUGAUCCAGAGUCCCUAUACAAGGUAGUGUUUUUUAAACAUGGUCAAAGGAUAAUGAAGUACGUUCGCGGCCGAGAUCCACCUUUUGAACUUUACAAUUUCACUGGCGCUGAUAUAAAUUUAAUACAAUUAACACCCACAUCGAUAACACUGGAGAGAAUGGACUUUUCAGCGUCCGGUUCGUACGCUUGCGAGAUAGCACUGGAGACACCUUUGUAUUCCAAAGUGUCUAAAUUGCAUGAAUUAAAUGUCAUAGUCCGCCAGAAAUACCGUCCAAAAAUAAAAAUUAAACACAAGAAGUUGUCGUCCAACGAGAAUCUAGAAGCAACAUGUCAAAGUGCACCCGCCCAUCCAGCCCCACAUCUUACAUGGUUCAUUAACCAUAUGAAGGUGGAUGAAAGGCUGAUCGAACCGCACGGCACUUGGAACGUCCAUCGUCACCACCAUGGUAUGCCACUGUCCUUGACUAACUCGUCGCUUCACUUCCCGCUAUCAAGUCUACAGCAGUUUCCAAAUCAGACCGUUGAAAUCACCUGUCUCAGCACGAUACCCAGCUAUGCUAAUGUCGGCGAAGGUUUUGCUGAUUUACAAAAUCAUACGGUCACUGUGAAUGUCAUACGUAUGGAACCACCGCCCACUCAACUUCCGGUUAAGAUCAUCAGCCCCGAGCAAAACUCAUCGAAUCGCUGCGAACUUCGACGUGCACUCAUUGUUCUGUGUUAUUUAUUGUACUAUUUUACCAACUCGUAUUAA